CCGAAUUCGAAGCUUUUGACCGUUGCACCACAAGUAUCAAGUAGCUGUAAACCACGACACCGCAUUCUGCCAUAUUGUACCUCUUCAAACCGUGCUGUAACGCACUGUAACACUCUGCGACGUCGGACCACAUCAUCGGGAUAGUAUCAUUCGUUACACGCCCUCAGCUGGUCGCGUCAACCGCGCGCACUGCGGGCUGGCCGGCUGGUUGGCGCCUCCUUCAGCCCGCCCCAAGGAGCAUGGCCCUCUGCGGAUCGCUUGUCGUCGCGAACGCGCUCGGCUACACGUCGUCAUUCAGCGGAACUUCGGCGGAGAUCCGCUGCAGCAGCGCAGGCAUGCGGACGAAUUCGAGCGCAGGCAUGAGCGCGGGUAUCAGCGCGAGUCCGAGCACGGCUAUGGGCGCAGCAAUUAGCGCAUCAGGCGCUAGCGGGAGCAUGAGCGGGAAUAUCAGCGGGGGGGGCGUAAGCACGAGAGUCAGCGCGGGCGCGUGCGUGCGCGUGCGCGUGCGAGAGAAGAGCAAUGCGCGUUGCUUUGCAGGGGGGACGCACAGGGCUGACUCACGGGUAGCUGUAACACUCCCGCUUCGGCCGGGUGCGAUUUUCCGGGCAGACCGUCGGGCAGGUUUGCUUGUUCGGGCAGCGACAGAGGAAGGUCGGGGUCCUGGUUCCGUAGGGAAAGGGACGGGCAGGGGCAGGGGCAGGGGCAAGGGCAAGGGCAAGUGAACAGGGCACCGUCAGGAGGCGGAGGAUUAGAAGGAGGAGGAGGAGGAGGAGGAGGAGGAGGAGGAGCAAAGGCCAAGGGAAGUGCAUGGCAACGA